UACGUGCAGAUUGCUUUAGGUUUAGACGCAGUUUCUUCGUUAAUUAGUUCACGACAACAUAUUGCUUUUUUUAAUCGGCGCUUCUACUAUUGAUAAUAGUUCUUCAAAUUGUAUCAUCGUCAUCCUUGCAUAAUUUUUGAACCGGAGAUCUUCUAAUCUAAUCGGACAGUAGGAAAUAUUGCGUGAUAACAUCCAUAUCUAUGUCUUAAUUAUACUCAAUUUUUUUCUUCCUUAUUUGCAUUAUAUUUGCAAUUAUUGCGAUACCUGCUAUUAAUUUAAUAGCUCUUUUUUGUUUUUUAAAUUCUUUAUUGAUAGUGGAAACGCAUUCUAAUAACCACGGAUGGUACCGAUAAUUUAUAAUUGACAUUUUGCAAUAUACUUUGUAAUAAUUGCAGGUUAGCAAAGUCAAAGUUUUACGCGCUACGUAUGCGCAUAUCUUUUGACGCUGACACUCGAAGCUCCCAUAUAAGGGCACCCUAAAGCGGGUUCUACAAUGAGAAUUUAAGUCAACGUAGAAUCGACACGCGAUUCUUCGGGUUAAAUUAACGUAAGGGUUUAUAAUUUACUUCUUGCAACGAGGAAGCCAACAACGGAGCAUGCUCUUUGAGGAUUUGAAUGUGGAACGCGUCACGGGCGAGCCGGCCGGCGAAUUGUUGAAAUUGCUUCCGAAUAACGUACGUGGUUUCGUUAAAAUCGGCAAGAAGAAAUGGUUCAUGCCGUACAAGUACGCCGAGAAGGGCGAGAAGAUUUACAAUUUCGAGACUCGCCCGGAUGACACAUGGAUCGUUACCUAUCCUCGAUCGGGUACAACAGUGACGCAGGAGCUUAUAUGGCUGGUGGCAAACGAUUUGAAUUUUGACGAGGCGUAUCGAAGAAGCUUGUUCGACAGAUUUCCUUUCGUAGAUCUUAGUAUAAUAAGGGAUGGUCAUGUAUUUGCGGAUUAUUCUCCCAACGAUCAUGCUAUGAUACAACAGUGUGUUGAACGUGCACGAGAUCUACCCUCGCCGCGUUUCAUCAAGAGCCAUUUGCCUCUCGAUUUACUACCAACAGUGGUAAACAAUACUUGCAAGAUUAUUUAUGUUGCAAGAAAUCCGAAAGACGUCGUGGCUUCUUUUUAUAAGUUCCAAAAGAAUCACAAACUUUUGCAAUAUCAGGGAACCUUCGAGCAGUUCUGCAAUUAUUUCAUGACUAAUCACAUAUGUUAUUGUCCAUUUUGGGAACACGUAAAAGAAGGUUGGGCGAUGAAGCACAGGCCGAACACUUUGUUCCUCUUCUACGAGGAUUUGAUAAAGGACCUACCGGGAAACAUCAGAAAGCUAGCCGAGUUCUUUGGCAAGACUUACAGCGAUGAACAGAUCGCGAAAUUGGCGGAGCACGUGAAUAUAGAUAACUUUCGCAAAAACCCCAUGAUCAACCAAGCGGCGCCUGGCAGUCCUUUGAAACCCGAAGACUUUAUUCGACAAGGAAAAACAGGUGGUUGGGCAGAAGUAUUCACGCCGGAAUUAGAAAAGAGAUUCGAUAAAUGGAUAGCGGAUAAUUUGAAAGAUACGGAUUUGAGAUUUCCAAGUUAGACAAUAUGUUAUACGAGACAUUUGUCAUCGAGGGCUAAUUCUACAAGCUUACUAACAAUACACAUGUAUAUGUGUAGUAGUACGAGAGGUAGAGAAGACAUAGUAAUUCAUAAAUAUAUAAAAUAAUGAAGGGGUAGGGUUCCCGAUUGAGUCGGGCCUGGUAAAUAAAAAAGCGAAAAAAAAGAAAAAAACGGGAGAGGACAGCGAGAGCGUGCGCUGCGGGUUUUGUAUUUUAUAUGUGACUUGUAUUUUCUUAAAAUAUAUUGUUGUUACCACAUAUGUAUGUACAAUAAUUAUGUUACGUGAUUAGUACAAAAGAUGCUUUCUUUUCAAUAA